AACUGUCCGGCCACAGCCCUGGCGAGUCCCCCACGGGCGUGGCAGGCUUGGGAGCCGGCAGGGGGCCAGCAUCCCGCCGGGAGCUCCCGCACCGCCCAGCUUCUCAGGCUCCCUCUCCACUCAACCCUCUGGGGCUCGCUGGAGCAGGCCUCUCGCAGUCGAGGGGGCCUGAGAAAGAGCCAAGGACGCUGGGCAGGGUCGGCGUGGGGGGCCGUCCCGCAGGCAGCCGAGCUCUAGGGGCUCUGGGGAGCACGGCGGGAAGGCGGGCCUGUCCAGCGCCGGCGGGCGGGCAGGGUGCGCUGGCACCGCAGUUAUUUUGGGGCGCGUCCUAGUUUGCUGCAUUUCCAGCCUCUCGGCUUCCAGAGCUAUCCCCAGGCCCGGUUCUGGGGCGAAAAUGCCGGCCCUUCACAUCGAAGAUUUGCCAGAAAAGGAAAAGCUGAAGAUGGAAGUUGAGCAACUUCGCAAAGAAGUAAAGUUGCAGAGGCAACAGGUAUCUAAAUGUUCUGAGGAAAUCAAGAACUACAUUGAAGAACGUUCUGGAGAGGAUCCUUUGGUGAAAGGAAUUCCAGAAGACAAGAAUCCUUUUAAAGAGAAAGGCAGCUGUAUUAUUUCAUAAAUAACUCUGGAGAGAAAUUUCAUCCUCAGUAGAAGAACUAGUUUGUUUUGUUUUUCUGAAAUAAAACCGAAAUUCCUUUCAAAGAAGGAAAACAAAAUUUAAAGACUUUCUUAAACACUUAUAUUGAUAUGGCUACGUAUCAAAGCUGUGUGCUUCUCAUCUUUGCUCACUACACCUCCUUGUUAAGAGGGCAGAGAGUAUCAAAUGUACAAUUAUGGAAAUAAGGAUAUUACUUGUGCAUGACUCACCUCUUUCAGUAUAUUGCUUGAUGCCUUAAAUAAAGUUUUAUCUCUGGAAAA